CCAGAAAAUUAGAGAAAGAGAAACGAAGAUGAGAGAUGUUGAGAAAAUGGUAGCUAUUGGUCUGGUAUGGGGAAUUACCAAUUCUGUAAUGAGAAAGGGUGCUCUGAUCUGGGAUCAAAAGCUAAAGAAGAUGAAGUCUUCUUCUUCUUCUACAUCAAAACUUCAUCAUCAAUUACUUGGUUGUUUACAGAAUUGGUUUCAUCUUCUCUUAACUUGGCAAUAUUCAGUACCUUUCUUGAUAAAUUUAUCAGCUUCAGCUACUUUCUUUGCUAUAUUAAGUGAUAGUCCUAUUUCUUUAGCUGUCCCAGUUACAAAUGCAACAACUUUUGCAGCAACUGCAGUUUCAGCUAUGAUUCUUGGUGAAGAGACUCGUAUUUCUUUUGCUCUUUUUGGUACUUUUUUCAUUGUUUUAGGUGUUUGGAUUUGUAUCAUGUGAUGUUUUUUUCAUCAAGAUUUGAUGUUUUGUAAUGAACCCUAAUUAUGAAUCUUUGAAAUUUUAUGAACCCAAUUCUGAUAUUUGUGUGUAAUUUACCUGCAAUACCAAGUCACAUUUUCUUCCGAA